AUGAAAUGUUUAAUUAUUGUAGAUUCUAUUAGAGAUGAAACCCUCUAUUCCGAAUAUGACCUGGAUACAUUGGGUAUUAAUAUAAAAGCAAUUAUUCAUUUCAUGCAAAUGAAUAUUGGUGAAAAACCAUUUUUCUUUCAAGCUGGUAAACAUAGAUUUGUAUUUCAAUAUAAUGAAAAUAUUUGGUUUAUUUUGGUAUCAAAUGAUGAUGAUUCAGAAAUUUUAUUAAGACAUAGAUUAAAUUUAUUAAAUGCAUUAUUUGUAAUGAUUUUGGGGUCAAUGUUAACAGAAAAGAAUUCAGGAUCAUUUCAAACUAGUCAACUAAAAAGAUUAAAAAGAAAAAUGUCACAAAUUUCAGCAACUGUUAAUACAAUGUUUGACGAAUCGCAGAGUGUUUUAGCACAAGCCUAUGAAGCAUUAGAAAUUAAUGUUGGACUACGUGAUAGAUGUAAAAAGAAUUUAAAAGAUUUAUUAGACUCAUAUCCAGACUCUUCAUUUGCAUUGUUAUUUGUCGGUACCAAAUUAGUAGCCCAUAAUGUAAAAGCAAAAGAAAAACAUUUAUUAAAUCACUAUGAUAUAUUUUUAUUAUCAAUUUAUAUUCAAAUUCAAUUACAUCCAAGAAUUGUUGAAAAAAUUCCAAUGAAAUCGGUAGACUCUCCAAUAUCACAAGAAAUAUCAUCAUUUGAAGAGAUACCACCAAUGUCAUCAGGUACGAUGGAUGGUGGCCCAGGUGAUAGAAAUAUAUCAGGAUCACACAAUCAAGACUAUGAAUUAAGUGCAGAAGAAGAUAAUUACGAAACUGCACCAGAGGAUUUUGAAGAACCACUAUACUUUUUAUCAAGUCCAUUUUUGGAUCAAUUAUUAGAAGAAUCAACAAAUAAAAACAAUAAUAACAACACUAAUAAUAAUAACAAUAGUAAUAAUAAAAGAAAUAAGCAACACAAUCUAUUGGUUGAAUCAUUAAAAGAAGGUUUAAAAGGAACAUCAACUGGAGAAGCUGUAUCUUUAUUAAACUACUCACUUUAUUCAAUUGGUUGCUUGGAUGAAUAUAAUCAUAGCACAAGAGAAAUCUAUACUUCAACUACUGAAUAUGCUGUUAAAAAAUUCCAAGAAGAAAAUAAUUUACCCUCAACUGGUGUUGCAGAUUUUAAUACAAUUAGAUUAAUUCUUUGUAAAGUUAGAUUGACAGACCCAAUCUUAAAGCGUAGAUCAAUUGCAUAUAGCGAUACUGAUUUAGGGCAAUUUAGAGACAUCUCGUUAAAUGAUGACCGUUCGUCAAGAAACUCAUCAUUUAAAGAUAGAGAUAAUCAAAUAAAUAAUAACUCUACAACCUCAAUAUCAUCAACUACCUCUACAACUUCAAAUACCUCAAUGCACUCAACCAAUAUGAAUAACAACAAUAUGAAUAAUACCAACAAUAUAAAUAAUAUGAACCAAAACAAUAGCAAUAAUAAUAAUAACAAUAAUAAUAGUAAUAAUUUAAAUAAUACUUUUAAUUUACAAUUUGAUGAUUCAAAUCUACCACAAUAUAUACCAGCCGAGUCAACUUAUGAACAAAUUAAUUUAAGAUUAGGUAACCAAAUAUCAAAUGUUUAUGCAUUUUGCGCUGAAGUUCAAAAAAAUACAUUUUUAGUAGUAAUAAAUAGAACUGGUGGUAAACAAAGAGAUUUGGCAGCAGAGAAAAAGAAUUUAGAAAACUCAAAAGCAAUCAUUUAUAACAAUAUAUGUAAAACCUAUGGUGACUUUUUAUUAGCAAAAGAAAAAGGAAAUAUAGCAAUCUCUAGAUUCUUCCAUAUUCCAGGUAUUGUUCACUUUUUAUUAAUUGAUCGUGCCAAUCAUCGAAUUCGUGCUCCAGUAAUAUCACCCGAUUUAAUACCAACCAAAAUCCUAGAUUCUGAUCAAAAAUACCAUCCACUUCAUGCAUACGAUAACAAUGGAGAAUCACCAUCCUAUUCAGAUACUCAAAAUAAUAUGGUCAAGUUUUUAAAGAAGAAAAUUUGGACAAUGUACAGUUAUUGUUGCCAACAAUUAAUACGUGGUGGUAAUCAUUACAUGAUUUGGAAUGAUAAAGAUUUUCAAUACAGCUAUCGUUUAUGGAUUGCAGAUGACGAAAACAAUGAACACAAAUUAGAUCAUUCCGUUUCAUUCCGUUUAAAUCCCAAAUCAUUUUAUGCUGAUCUCUUAAAAAGCUCCUUCCCCCACUCUUCAAAGAUGAAAUGCUACGAACUUUUAGUUUUAUAUAUAGGUGUAUUACCAACAACAAUGGUUUCAAAAAAUGAUAGAGCACUUUAUCAUUUAUUAUUUGAAAUGGAUGAAUAAAUAAAAAUAAAAAUAAAUAAAUAAAAAUAUUUAAUUUUUUAAUUAAAUAUAAUUUAUUUACAAUUUAAUUAUAAAUCAC